GUUCCGUCGUUGUUUGCAGCGGAAUCGAAAGACGUCCGGAACGUUCAAGUUGCAGAAAUCUAAUGGUGAUACUGUACUUAUCUUCCAACUGACCAAGAAAUGGAAGAAAAACCCGUGAGAGUCUUGGUGUGUGGGGACGUCGAAGGCAAGCUCGGAGCUCUCUACAGCAGAGUGCUAAGCAUCCAGAAGAAGACUGGACAGUUUGACCUUCUUCUGUGCGUUGGGGAAUUCUUUUCAUCGACACCGGAAGCCGAGGAAGAGUGGCAGCGGUACAAAAGUGGAGCAAAGAAAGCUCCCAUCCAGACGUACAUCCUGGGCGCAGGAAGUGAGGCAACAGCCAAGAAUUUCCCCAGUGCAGAUGGUUGCGAACUGGCGGACAACAUCACAUACUUGGGUCGCCGUGGCGUGUUCACGGGGGCGUCGGGCUUGCAGAUCGCCUACGUCAGCGGGUGCGAGGCCCCGCAGGAGCCGGCGCCACCUCACUGCUUCACUCCCAAAGAUCUGGCGGCCGUGCUGGCCCCGCUGACUGCCAGCAGUAAGUUCCGAGGCAUCGACAUCCUUCUGACCUCGCAGUGGCCCAGGGGGGUGUGGCACUACGCUAACAACCCGGAAGUCAACACAAAGUCCUGCGGAAGCAGCGCCUUGGCCAACCUGGCCGACAAACUGAAGCCCAGAUACCACUUUGCUGCAUUAGAAGGCGCUCACUAUGAAAGGUUACCAUACAGGAAUCACGUGGUUCUACAGGAAAACGCUCAGCAUGUCACUCGCUUCAUCGCCUUGGCAACUGUCAACAACCCCGCCAAGAAGAAGUACUUGUACGCCUUCAACAUCAUCCCCAUGAAGGCGAUGGAUCCGUCGGAGCUGGUCAAACAGCCGCAGGACGUGACGGAAAACCCGUACAGGCGGGUCGCUAAAGACAAGCGAGAGACGCCGAAAACCGGCUCGGGUGCCACCGCGGAGGAGGAGGAGCAGAGGACUCAGUUCUUCUUUGACCUCAGUCGGGAUCGCGGGGGCAUCGCUCGUGGGCGCGGCCGGAAGAGGCCGCUGGAGGGCAACUGGUCGGGACACAAGCAACCUCGCAAGCACCCUCUCCCCCCCGGCGAGUGCUGGUUUUGCCUGGCGAGUCCGCAGGUGGAGAAACAUCUGGUGGUCAGCAUCGGGACUCACUGCUACCUGGCGCUAGCCAAAGGCGGACUGAACGCAGGACACGUGCUCAUCCUGCCCAUCGGACACUACCAGUCCACGGUGGAGCUGGCCUCCGAGGUUCUGCAGGAGAUGGACAAGUACAAGGUGGCGCUCAGGAGCUUCUACAAGAGCCGCGGUGAGCGCUGCGUGCUCUUUGAGAGGAACUACAGGAGCCAACAUCUGCAGCUUCAGGUAGUGCCGCUGCCGCUGGACCGCUGCGCCACCGACGACAUCAAGGAGGCUUUUGUGGUGCAGGCUCAGGAUCAGCAAAUGGAGCUGAUGGAGAUUCCGCAACACAGCGAUCUCAAGCAGAUUGCUCCGCCGGGCACGCCGUACUUCUACGUGGAGCUCGACUCUGGGGAGAAGCUCUUCCACCGCAUCCAGAGGAAUUUCCCGCUACAGUUCGGGAGGGAGGUUCUGGCCAGCGAGCCGCUGCUCAACAUUCCGACGCGAGCCGACUGGAAGGAGUGCAAACAAAGCCGAGCGGAGGAGGAGGCGGCGUGCGCGCAGCUCAGGGACGCCUUUCAGCCGUACGACUUCGCCUGGGACGACUAACUCAAAUUUCCUUUUGGAUUCCAAAAUGUGUAAAUAAAUUCCAGUUUUCACGCCGCUUCAA